AUGCAAUAUUCUUCAUAGUUCAAGAAUAUUCAUACUACUUAAAUUAAUCACACCUUUACUCCUAUGUAGCUCCUAUGCAUAUAUGACUAUAAAUCAGGUAUUUAUUAGGGGGAAUAUUAUAAGAAUCAUAGAUAAGGAAAAGGAGUUUUUUAUUGGUAUAGUGGUCAAAUUUAUAUAGGAGAAUGGCUCAACGAUAGUAUUUAAGGUUAGGGAACUCUUUAUUUUCCCUAUGGAGGAAAUUUUGUAGGAUUUUUUAAUAAUAAUAAGGCUGAGGGUGCUGGUAUACUUACACUUCUUGAUGGAUCAAGAAUUGCAGGAUUUUGGAAAUAAGGGAGAAUAGAUGGAAAUUUUGUUAGAUAUGACUCUGAAUCUGAUGAGUGGAUUCUAUUAAAUAGCAGAAAUUAUUACAAUAUAAAUAAAUAAAGUAGUAAUUAUAGUUAUGCAGUGAGUCUUUAAUAAAUUUAAAACUCUCAAUAUUAGAAGCAAGUUAGUUAAAUAUAUGAAAAUGUUAAACAAAAGAUAGAUACUCCCUAUUACAAACAAAUGACGGAAAGAUUGGAAGGACAUAAUCUUCAAACAAGCGCUUCUUUUUCUCAAAUCAACUUUCAAUAAAAUCAAACUAUUAACUAAACAACAUAAAAUAUUAAUUUCUUCAAUUAAGUUUCUUUAACAGAAGUUGACAAAUUUAAAAUCAAAUUGCAAUAACUAGACAAUGAAAUUUUUUAUCAUGGAAUAGUAAGAGGUUCUCGUCCUGAUGGAAUGGGGAUUAUGUUUAGUAUGAAUGGGAGAUUUUCUGUUAGAGGUAAAUUUGCAAACACCAAAUUAAAUGGUCCUGGGAGAGUGGAGCUAGAAAAUGGAGAAAUUUAUGAUGGUAUCUUUAGAAAUGGUAUCAUUAGUUCUGGAUUUUACUAUAAUGCAAAGUUUAACAGCUACAUAUCAGGAACUUUUAGAGGAGAAGGAGAUGUUAAACUUGAGAUUAAAGGAAAAGGGUACCCUUAUAAGUUAACUUUAGAAAAUAAGGUAAAAGCAUAUCCAUGCAUGAUGAUUUAUAAAAAUACAAGUGAGGAAUUAAUAUUUUUAGUCUAAAAUGAUAUUAAACUUCUAAAAAUGCUUGACAUUUCCAAAUAUAUUUUUUCGGCCAAUGAUAACUCUAAUUAAAAUACAGAUUAAAAAAUUAACUCAGCUAAUACCUUUGGUUUUGAUAAUACAGUAGAGGAUUCACGUGAUGGGUCUAUGGGGUAUUCUUAAACUAAACAGGAUUAUCUUAUAGAAAAUAAUGAAUACAAUGAAAAUAUGUUAUCAUAAUUUAAUUAAAAAAAGAAAAAUAAUUAGUCUUUACAUUAAAAUUUUGAUGAUGCUUUUGAAGAAUUUUUAGUUGGUUAGCAACUUGAACCAGCGUAAAGUAGGCAGAUAAGCUAAGAGUAUUAUAGUAGGUAGUUUGAAAAGGAGUAAGAAAGCGAAAAGAUUUUAAAUAUGGAAGAAAGUAAAUAGAGUGUUUAUAAAUAAAAAGUUGAAAUAAGCAAUUCAAAUUUUUCUUCUAGCUAACAUGACAAGGAAUAUUUUAAGAAGAUUCUGCUGCAUAAAAUUAACGUUGAAGGUAUUAAAGAAUUAUGUUAUGAAGAUUUAUAGAGAUUGAAUCAAAUCUCAGAAGAUAUAGACAAAGAAAACUUAUCCUUUAGAGAUUUUAAAGAAUUAAAGAGCCCAACCCAAACGAUCGAAUAAAAUGCAGAAUACUAUUUAAACAAAGCCAGAUUUUUGAAGCUUAAAUUAAAGCUGAAAGAAGAAACUUAAAAUUAAUUUGAUGAAAAUAAGUCAUAAAGACAAAAUUCCUUUAGCCACAUUUCAUCCUAAUAAGCUACAAAUUUAAAGAAUUAUAAAAAAGGAGAAGAAGAUGAAAUUGGCUUAUCUCCAGAAUUCUUUUAAACAAAUGACAAUGAAAGUAUCAAAAAAUAUUCUGUAGCUGUCCCAAACUAAAGAAACUAAGAUUCAAAGCAUGUAGACUAAUAGGGAAAAAGUUAAAAUAAAGGUAAAAACUAUCAGCUAAAAAUGGAUAACUAUUUAAAUGUUUCUUCAGAAUUUAAAAAUAAUUAAAAUUAAAUGAAUUAAAAUAAGUAAAGUAGAAAUUCUUUGCUUCAAAUUUAAAACGAUAUCUUAAAUCAAAGAAAAAAUAGCUUCAAAAAAAAUUAUAAGGAUAUAUAAAUUAAUAUUCAAAAUGCCAGUUUUGAAAAUUCACCAAAUUAACAAAACAGCCAACAAAAUGAUUCGAAUACUUAAUAUUCCAGAGAUUAGAUAGGAUUUAAUGGUUAGGAAGAGUAUAAUGGUGAAAAUUAUUAUUACCAAAAUAAAUACUGA